AUGGUUGAAUAUCUUGAGUAUUCUCUUGAUGGAGAAGUCGAAAUGAAAUAUAUGGUUGGAACCGUACAGCAAUUACAACAAGGGGCUAUUGUGAUGCGUAUUAUCGUGGUACAUACCAACGUUUCAGAAUGCAGCAAAAGUGAGGCUUAUUUGGACUCCUCGAAAUGCGAAUCUGAUGCCAAGGGAUUCAUCAGAAAGAGGCAAGGCUUUCAUGGAAACUGUUCGGAAUCGAUCAAGGCCAUGCUGAAAGAAAAGCUCGCCGAAACAUACGGAGCAUACACUGCCAUAAUGUUUAGAUUUUGCCCUGAUUGGUGCAACCAUUAUCAAAAGCUGUCAACGGAACCCUAA